GGCUGGUGCGCGACAGCGCCGCGCUCUGAUUGGCUCCGCUUGGAGCCGGGGGCGGUUUGAGCGGCAGCGCCCGGCGCGGCGGCGGCUCCCGGGUCCGGCACGAUGCUGCCCCUGUCUUUGCUGAAGACGGCGCAGAACCACCCCAUGCUGGUGGAGCUGAAGAACGGGGAGACGUACAACGGGCACCUGGUGAGCUGCGACAACUGGAUGAACAUCAACCUGCGGGAGGUCAUCUGCACGUCACGGGACGGGGACAAGUUCUGGAGGAUGCCCGAGUGCUACAUCCGUGGCAGCACCAUCAAAUACCUGCGGAUCCCUGACGAAAUCAUUGACAUGGUGAAGGAGGAGGUGGUGUCCAAGGGCAGAGGCCGUGGUGGGAUGCAGCAGCAGAAGCAACAGAAGGGCCGUGGGGUUGGAGGAGCUGGACGAGGUGUUUUUGGUGGCCGUGGCCGAGGAAUUCCAGGCAGUGGAAGAGGCCAGCAGGAAAAGAAGCCAGGCAGGCAAUCAGCCAAGCAGUGAGAUGUCCCCACCCGGGCCAGGGACAGUUUGGGUUUUGUCACCUCAGGGUUGCCACGUGUCCAAAAAAGUUCCUUUUCCCACUCUUCCAUCAGAAUCAGAGCCCAAAUCAUGUUCCUUUGGAAGCCCCCUCACGCUUUAAUCUGGUGGAGUUUUCACUCCUUGUAGUCAGUAAAUCAUUGGAAAUGUUUUUUAAAAAAUUUGUUCACGGUUAAGGACCGAGGUUCUGCCUUCUCCUGAGAGUGAAUUUUUCAGGCUCACCAGGUUUAAUUUAAAAUAUUUUCCUGUUCAGAGGUACCAGAAGGAAGGCAAACACUUUCUGGAUUGCUUGGAUUUUUUUUUUUUUAAUUUGAUUUUUUUUUUAAAUACUUGAAAUUCGGGAAACUUGUUUUGUUUGUAACAGAUGUGUUUUGGUUUAAAAACACUGAACUUGACGAUGUUGUGUCUGUACGUGAAUAGUCCUAAAGGCUUGGGUUUGUUUUUUUUUUUUAAACCAACAAACUUUUGAGCUAUUGCUUUUCUUCUGGCCAGUGAGUUCUGUUUCUCCCAUGGCUUAAAGGAGGGAUGAACAUUGGCCUUCAAGGCCUGUUCCCAAGAGAGCUUUGUGACAAAUGAGCGUUUCCCAAUUAGUUCAUUGCCAAUUUGACUUCAGAUUAGAAGUUUCCUUCAAAGGAACAGGGGUUUUUUUCUGUGUUCUUGGCUGGUUUUGGUUUGUUUUUGUUUUUUUUUUUUUGCAUGAGGCUGGUGCACCCCUUCUUCCACAUGGGGGAUUUUAAAUUUUUUUUUUUUUUUGGAAAAGCAACUUGAGCUGAUUUACACGGAUUUAUUUCACCCCCCACCCUGCUUUGAAAACUCUCUCCCUUCUGCUGACAAUAUUUCUUAAUAUUCUAAAUAUUCUGGCAGAAAUAUUCUGUCAGAAUAAAAUAUUCUGACAAUAUUUCUCAACCUAAUUUCUUCCAGCAGCUGGUGAUUGACCUCUCUGGCUGUACCUGUCAUUUCCUUCCCCAGCCACCAAUUAUCUUCCCUUGGGGACACAGGCCAGCGUGUGAACGUGUCCCUCCCGUAGGUUCAGAAAACUCCUGGGAAUUCCCAGGUCAGGUUACUCCAGUCUUCCAUCCCAUGAGUGAAAUACACCCUCAGAAUAUUCUGGCUGAUCCCUGCUGAGCUCCUGCACCAGGGCACGGGGGGAAGGAACAGCUCUGGGUGUGCCUCAACCCUCCCCUGGAUGGAUGAAACAGCUGAAUUUUUUGGGGGGGAAAACUGAUAUUGUGGCUUGUUUUGAGCAGGUUUGGGGUUUGUACAACUGGUUCUCAUGUUGGAGCCUCUGCCAUCGCCACUGUACUGAAAAGGAGUGAAGAACAUGAUUUUAUAGACUUAUUUUUUUAAUGUUUAUAGAACUGGGCGCAGUGGUGAGUGAGAAUAAAUCUCCAGCCUCUUCCAGCCGCC